AUGAGUAUACCCAUACCAUCAGCGAUGCGGCCGGUGGUGGACUCCGCUACGUCAGACAAUGGAAGCAGCAGCAGCGCUGUGCGAACACCUGUUCCACCCACUGGGACGACGCUGUUUCUUCGCGAAGAAGGCAGUCGCACGUUUGUGCCUGUGUAUCAUCAAUCGAGUGUGACACUCCGCGAUUUGGCCGAGGAGUUCGACGUUAGCAGCGUUCUCGAGUGCGACGCGCACGGAAACGUUCAACCACGCGCAGUAGCUUUUGACUCACCAUCGGACGUCUUGCACAGUGGGCGGCACUACAUCGCUCGGCGAGACGCACGGGCAGAGGCCGGCAACAGUUACGUUACUUUUCGCGGUAAGAUUCUUGUGAAGGAGUACGAGCUAGAGCAUGCGACCCCGCCGACAGGCCACAAUAUAAAGACAACGACAAUGGCGGGGAAUAGGGCAGAGAGCACCUUUCUUGCACACGAAACCCAUUCUGUCUCAGCAGCCACCCCCUUCCACGACAGACGCAGUCUGCACCAGGGGAUGGAGAGAAAUAAAGAAAGCUAUGCAGCUAGUGGGCUUGCCGCAUGGACGCCGGGACUGCGGCGGGACGACAACGAAGAGGACAGAUCGACCAUCUCGCGAGCCCUAGUGCUGUCGUCAGAGCGCAAGCGUCCGAGAGAAGACGCUAGCAGAGCAAGUGCGGAGGGCGCCGCAGCGAGCGAAGGGAGUCAGCAUCGCCCUCAGACGCAGCGGGUGGAGGAGUCACAGCGUUCCUCAACCACUCGACCCGAGAAGGAGAGUGCUUUGCAGGACUCCACGAACACCGCAUGUGCGCCUCCAACGCUAUCAAGGAAGUCAAACGACGUGCAGUGCAGCUCUGAAACUGCCAAAGGAGAUACAUUGAUUGGUGAGUCAGCUCAGCGAUCGCUACGGUUCAUUCCCUUCUCAGAGACUGCUUCAGAUGGUAGUGAGAUGUAUGUAACGCUGGAGGAUCUGCAGCGACUGUGCCAAGAGGUCGCCACUCAAGAAGAGGAAUUUCACAAGAGGCACAAGGUGGCCACGGACAUCUUAGAGAGUGCUCGGCGCGUCCUCUUCACGGCUGGUGAAGUGGACUAA